AUUUUCAAGGCCCAAUAACCGAAUCAUUUUUCUAUAGCCCAAUAAGUGAGAGAUAAACACAACGUGCCAUUGCUAUUUUGUUAUACUUUUGGCAGGGACUAGUGGUGGAUAUGGAGAUAAUCCAAGCCAGUAGCACCAGCUCCCCAUCACUGAUUCACCCGCCGCUCCGCCGCAGCAUUUCCACCGGAAUUCACCUUAAUUCUCGAUUUCCCCCAUAUUCGUCAAUUUUGUUUCUAAAACCUAAACUUUCACAGCGCGCUGUUGCUGCUGUUCCUACCCGCGCCGUCCUUGAGAAUAGCACUUCAGAUUCUGUGGCUACAAAGGUUGUUGAACGUGAUCUGUCUUUAGCAAUCAAAAAUAGGGCAUUGGAGAUAUCAUCUGAUUUAAAGGGAACGUCCAUAUUUCUUGUUGGGAUAAAUAGCUCAUAUAAAUCGGGUUUGGGGCAGAUUCUUGCUGAUGCAUUGCGAUACUAUUAUUUUGACAGCGAUGGUCUGGUGGAGGAAGCUGCUGGAGGAAAACUUAAUGCCAUAUCAAUCAUAGAGAGUGAUGAAGAUGGAUACCUUGCAUCAGAGACGGAAGUACUGAAACAAUUGUCAUCAAUGGGCCGAUUGGUUGUUUGUGCUGGAAAUGGAGCUGUUAAAAGUGCAACAAAUCUGGCGCUACUAAGGCAUGGAGUUUCUAUUUGGAUAGACGUGCCAUUAGACAUGGUGGCAAAAGAGUUGGAGGAUGACAAGAUUCAACUUUCGGCUUCUGAUACGCCAAUAUGCAAAUCAUCUUCAGAGAUUCUGGAUCAACUGGCUGCAUUAUACAAUAGUGGGCUAAAUGGAUAUUCUACAGCUGAUGCCACCAUUUCUCUUCAGAAAGUGGCUUCUCAAUUAGGUUAUGGCUAUGACGAACUUGAUGCUGUGACGGCUGAGGAUAUGUGCAUGGAGGUUCUUAAGGAAAUAGAAAAACUCAUGAGAGUAAAGAAGAUGAUGGAAGAGGCUGCCAGACCAUUUUAGUCGCCAAGUUUAUGAUCUAAGAUGUCAUAAAUUAAUCUGGCACAUGCUCAUUGUGAGGAAUUUAUUCCAUCAAGAUACUCACUAUACGUCUCUAAUCCCUUCCAUCUCUCUCUCUCUCUCUCUCUGUUAUUGAUAUAUGUCGUAUGUUUGUGUGUGUGUGUGUCUGUUGUUGGGCCCUCCUUCGGUUUUAAACCCAUUAUUUGAGCCCAUUAAAGUAGCCAUGUGGUCAAAUCAACGAUUCAACAUGAAUGGAAUUGUGGCCCAUAUUCACA